GACUCUCUUGAAUUUGUUACUAGCAGCCGCUAGCAGCUGAUAUUGUGAUAGUCCGUGAAUUGAACAAGGCAAUUCGUACAGAAGCUGAGAUGGCGGGUACGCUGACAAAGUUUUCCAAAUCUGUGGGGCAGAUUUCAAGCAAAUCAUCCAGUUUCGUAGCUCCAGUGUAUCUAUCGCAACAGAGAAACUAUGCAGCCCAGCGUGUGGUUGCCAAGAACCCUGUGGUGGAGAUGGACGGUGACGAGAUGACGCGUAUCAUAUGGGCCAGGAUCAAGGAGAGGCUCAUCUUCCCUUAUGUUAAGAUUGAAAGUCUAUACUAUGACUUGGGUCUGCCCUACCGCGAUGCCACCGAAGACCAAGUGACCAUAGAUGCAGCAUAUGCCAUCCUGAAGCACAACGUGGGCAUCAAGUGUGCCACCAUUACACCUGAUGAAGCUCGGGUUGAAGAGUUCAAACUAAAGAAGAUGUGGCUCAGCCCCAAUGGGACUAUCCGAAACAUCCUGGGUGGCACCGUGUUCAGGGAGCCAAUCAUCUGCAAGACAAUCCCUAGGCUGGUGCCUGGUUGGUCCAAAGCUAUCAUCAUUGGACGUCACGCAUUCGGAGAUCAGUACAAAGCAACUGACAUCGUGGUACCUGGUCCGGGGAAGGUGGAGCUGGUGUUUACACCCCAGGGUGGUGGACAGAAGCAGAGGAUGGAGGUGUAUGACUUCAAGGGUCCCGGUGUCUCUAUAGGAAUGUUCAACACAGAUGAAUCUAUCAAGGCAUUCGCCCACUCCAGCCUGCAGCUGGCACUACAGAAGAAAUGGCCACUGUACCUGUCCACAAAAAACACUGUUCUGAAAAAGUAUGAUGGUCGCUUCAAGGACAUCUUCCAGGAGAUCUAUGAAAGAGACUACAGGAAGCAGUUUGAGGAUGCCAAAAUCUGGUACGAGCAUAGACUUAUUGAUGACAUGGUAGCACAGGCACUCAAGUCAAGUGGCGGUUUCGUGUGGGCUUGCAAGAACUAUGACGGCGAUGUGCAGUCUGACAUCGUCGCACAAGGAUAUGGAUCACUUGGGCUCAUGACAUCAGUUCUGAUGUGUCCAGAUGGGAAAACAAUUGAGUCAGAAGCUGCCCAUGGUACAGUGACCAGACAUUACAGGCAACACCAGAAGGGACUUCCCACAUCUACCAAUCCCAUUGCUUCAAUCUUUGCAUGGACACGGGGACUGUCACACAGGGCGAAGCUCGACGGUACACCAGAGCUCGACAGGUUCGCACUAAACUUGGAAGAGGCUUGCAUAGAAUGUGUGGAUGGAGGGAAGAUGACCAAGGAUCUUGCAGGAUGUAUACAUGGACUUCCCAAUGUUAAGGAGGGAAUGUACCUCAACACAGACGACUUCCUGGAAGCAAUUGCCGAGCAGCUCAACAGGAAGGUAUCAAAGUGAUCAAGAGGAUGUUAGGCACAGAGGAUCAUUCCAAGCAAGAAGCAGCUGGAGUCACAGAACAACCUGCACAUUCACAUACUGAAACCAGUGUGAAGAUAGAGAUCAGAAUGACUGUAUACAGAUGACAUGUAACUUAAUUGUAAUUUAUAAGUAAUAGUUUUGUUGUGUUCCUUUGAGUUUCUAGAAGCUUACUGAAUGAAAGCUGUCAGUUGAAAGCUCCUGAUGUGUGACACUCCUAGAGAACUAUCUCCAUAUGUUCAUUUAUCCUAGUUUGCAGUGUAAAUCACUACAAGCAAAAGUAGCCAUUCCUUGCGCGGGAUAUAGUCACUUUCCUUGUCAAUGUCUCAGUGUGUAAUAUCAAAAACUUUUAAAGAAGUAAUAACACUCAGACUGAGAAAUUAAAGUUUGGUGAUGUAAUUAGGAAGAGAACACUGGGAAUGAGGGUUCAGAUCACACCCAAAGACAUUACUGUAGUGCUUGUGCAUCCCUGUGACAGCCAUGCCUGCUGUAAAUAUUGGCAACAAUAUGGAAUAAAUUUCAUAAUAGUCUUGGGUGUUCUUCAGAGUUUUAGCUACUAAAUGUUGUAGUACUGGCAAGGAAAACAACCAUAUCUGGGCAAAGGACAAGUACAUCUUCUGGUGAUGCAUAAAUCACUUGCACAGUUUCUUCUGGUUCCAGUUUACAGACCUGCAGUCCACAUGAUCCUGAAGAGUAUUCAAAAUUCCACAUAGAAAUGUUGGCAAUUUGUCUUUUAACCCUUUCACUGUUGGUGAAAAGUCUUACCAGGCAGCUGAACUUAAAUCAAUACUCAUCACAAUCUCAGUGUCUAAACAUGCAGUCAGUAUUUCAUAUAUUUGUUUUCACUGUUAUAUCUCGCAUUUGUGGUUACAACAGUCUAUGUCUUAGCUCUAAAUAUCUGUCCAUUGUUUUAGAAAUGAAAUCAAUAUUACAGCAUUUACAUCUCACACCUCACUACUGAUCUGCAAAAUACACAUACUAUAGAUAAAGAUACAAAAAUAUGCUCCUCUGAUAUUUCCAACAUGCAUACAAACAAGCAAAAAAUGUUACAAUCAUAAUACGAAACGUAAACAAUCAGAAUGCAAAACAAAACAAAAUUACAGAAAUAGUAAACAUAACACAUACUCUAUUAUCACAAAAUUACUUUCAACUUACUAACGGCUUCUACAGACAAGAGGGGUUAGCAUUCUUCAUACCAGUAUUCCCCAGAACACAAUGACAUAUACAUAUGUAACAUCAUUAGAAAACACAAGAUAAUACGAUAUUUCAGAUAUUUGGAUGAUAUUCUAAUAAUAUACACUGAAAAGCUUUCAGACAUAAACCACACAUUACAAGGAUUCAACAGUAUUCAACCAAACCUGUUCACCACAGAAAAAGAAACAAACAACAAAAUAAAAAUUUUUAGACAUCACAAUAUGAAAAAAAGAAAACAGCAUACUUUCAGCAUAUACCAAAUACCAGCAUUCACAAACAAUAAUACCCAGCACAUCAUGUUAUCCAUUACAGCACAAACUGUCCACUAUAAAUUUCAUGAUCAGAGGACUUAGUACUUACCCCAUGAAGAGACAAGGCAAGAACAGAGAAACAACACAACAAAACAUGUAUUGCAACAAAAACAAAAAUACACCAAACCGACAUCACUCCAAAACAAACACCCAUGAACAAAACAAAUGGAUAACGUUUAUAUGUAUUGGACAUGAAACUAAACAAAUCAUAAAAAUAUUCAAAGACCCUAACACAA